UUAAAGGUGAGUUGGUCAGAGAGGCAGACGCGCUGCAGUGAAGACAAGUCUCCGUGUUUCUGAGAGAAAAGUCAAAGUGACGUCAUCAGGUGUUCCUCAGCAACACAGCAGAGUCUCUUGAGAACACAGACAUGGCUUCUUCAAACUAUGGUCCAUCUGAAGAUCAGUUCCUGUGCUCCAUCUGUCUGGAUGUGUUCACUGAUCCAGUCACCACAUCAUGUGGACACAACUUCUGCAUGAACUGCAUCAAUGAACACUGGAACACCAGCGACCAGAACCUGUGUCCAAUGUGUAAGAAGGACUUCACCACCAGACCUGAUUUGAGGGUCAACACCUUCAUCUCUGAGAUGGUUGUUCAGUUCAGACAGUCCACUCAGCAGAAAGCCAGCAGCAGCAGCUCAGAGCAACAAGAGUCCAAACCAGGAGAAGUUCCCUGUGACGUCUGCACUGGAACCAAAGUGAAGGCCCUCAAGUCCUGCCUGGUGUGUCUGGUCUCCUACUGUGAGACUCACCUGGAGCCUCAUCUGACAGCUUCACGCCUGAAGAGACAUCAGCUGAUGGACCCUGUGGAGAACCUGGAAGGCAGGAUGUGUACGAAGCACAAUAAACCUCUGGAACUGUUCUGUAAGAGCGACCAGACGUGUGUCUGCAUGCUCUGCACUGUUUUAGACCACAAGAACCAUGAGUAUGUUCCUCUGAAAGAAGGAUAUGAAGAAAAGAAGGUUGAGCUGAAGAAGACAGAGGCUGAAAUCCAGCAGAUGAUCCAGAAGAGAAGACUGAAGAUUCAGGAGAUCAAACACUCAGUGGACCUCAGUGAGGAAGAUGCAGGCAGAGAGAAAGCAGAAGGUGUUCAGGUCUUCACUGAUCUGAUGGAGUCUGUUGGAAGAGGCUUGAAGGAGCUCCUCAAAACAAUAGAAGAGAAGCAGGAAACCACAAAGAAACAGGCUGAAGCUUUCAUCAGAGAGCUGGACCAGGAAAUCUCUGAGCUGAUGAAGAGGAGCGCUGAGGUGGAGCAGUUCUCUCUCUCUGAAGACCACCUCCAUCUUCUCCAGUCCUUAAACAUCCAUCAGCCACCACCCACCAAGGACUGGACAGAGGUCCGUGUUUGUCCUUCAUAUGAGAGGACUGUGGUGAGAGCUGUGUCUCAGCUGGAGGAGACACUCAGUGAAAAGAUGAAGAAGGUGCUUAAAGUUGAUCUGAAGAAGGUCCAGAAGUUUGCAGUGGAUGUGACUCUUGAUCCUGAAACAGCUCAUCGUCAUCUCAACCUAUCUGCCAAUGGGAAACGAGUGAAAUAUGUUGACGAGAAGAUGACUCUCCCAAACAACCCAGAGAGAUUUUUCAACACUCCUUGUGUUUUGGGGAAAACAGGAUUCUCUUCAGGCAGAUUCUACUUUGAGGUUCAAGUUAAAAGAAAGAUUGAGUGGGAUAUAGGAGUGAUCAGAGAGUCUGUCAACAGGAAGAAAAUCAUCUCAUGGUGUCCUCAGAAUGGUUACUGGACUAUAUGUUUGGAAAAUGGAAAUGAAUACAAAGCCUCUGAUGAUCAUCAAGUUGAUCUCUCUCUGAAGUCUCAUCCUCAGAAGGUGGGGGUGUUUGUGGACUAUGAGGAGGGUGUGGUUUCCUUUUAUGACGUAGAAGCUGCAGCUCUCAUCUACUCCUUCACUGGAUGCUUCUUCACUGAGAAACUCUUCCCGUUCUUUCAUCCUGGUUCUGAAGAAUCUGCUCCUCUGAUCAUCUCUCAUCAGCGUAAACUAAUGUACUCUUUCAUGUGAUGAUUUCAUUCAUUGUACAUAUUUUUUGUAAAUACUUUUUCUCUUAAUCCCUGUAUCAUGAUCCUUAUGGGGAAUAUCGAUUUCAACCUUUUGAAUCCAGACUUUUUAUUUUCACUAAAUAUCCAAAGCUGAAGUUUGACUUUGAGUAAAUUAGCAAAACAAAUCAUUUCCGAUGUCUAUUACCUUUCCAUCAUGUUCACAGGAUACACUUUGUGUUAUUGCUGUACUGCAUAAAAGGUCCAUGGACAAAGUGAUUUAAUAAUAUAGAUGCAAAUUUUAUCUUGGUGUGAAAAGUGGUUUGAAUAAUUAAAAGUCAAUUUGUGGAUAUUGUAAGAUGACUUAAAAUAAAGAUUUUUUAAUUUGAUUUUGUUGAUGAACAAGUUACUUUUGUCUUAUAAAUAAAACCUGAGAAUCAAAUACUGAACAGAAAUAACUGCACAUUAUAUUCAUAUAUGUUAAU